AUGGCGUCGAGCAGUUCUAACAAUGCCCCGUCUUCGGGCGACGGAGGCCAGGAAAAGCAGAAGAUGCUGCUUUCUUCGGAACAUGGCCACUUUAGCUUGAUCAAAGCUCUCCAUCUUGCCGAUCUAGUUACUGAACUUAAUGUCAUGUCCGUUUUCUCGUCUAUGCGCUAUUGUCUCGGCGAGCCCACUGAAUACGGUGCCAUCUGGGCCGCCCUUGGCUUCAUGCCUUUCGGCCUGUUCUUCGACUUCAUGGACGGAAAGAUUGCGCGCUGGCGCAAGAAGUCCUCCCUGAUGGGCCAGGAGCUCGAUUCGCUCGCUGAUUUGAUCUCCUUCGGCCUCGCUCCCGCCGCUGCAGCUUUCGCGCUUGGGAUUCGUACAUCUCUCGACCACCUCUUCCUCGCGUUCUUCGUUCUCUGUGGUCUGACCCGCCUGGCUCGGUUCAAUGUGACAGUUGCUGUUUUGCCUAAGGAUAAGACCGGAAAGUCAAAAUACUUCGAAGGCACCCCCAUCCCCACAACCCUGGCAAUCGUCUCUCUCAUGGCCUACUGGGUCUCCCAAAGCUGGACCCAUGAGAACAUCCCUCUUGGCCUCGUUGCGGAGGGUACGAUCUUUGAAUUCCACCCGGUUGUGCUCAUGUUCACUCUGCAUGGAUGUUUGAUGGUUAGCAAGACCAUCCACAUCCCCAAGCCGUGA